AUGUCCUUACUGCCGCCCGAGGUCCACACCGCGCUGUCCCAGCUGCUGCGCUCCCUCAGCACUCCCGACAACGCCGUUCGAUCGCAGGCUGAAGAUCAGCUGAACAAUGACUGGGUUCAGAAUAGACCAGACGUCCUUUUGAUGGGACUUGCGGAGCAGAUUGGGGGCGCCGAAGACACACUAACUCGUGCUUUCUCCUCCGUGCUCUUUCGAAGAAUCGCAACAAAAACUCGCAAGGACCCCAUUACUGGUGACGCCAAGGAGAUCUUCCUCAGCUUGCCAAACGAACAGCGUGUAGCUAUCCGGGAAAAGCUGGUCACAUGUCUCACCACCGAGACCGUUACUGAUGUGCGCAAGAAGAUCGGUGAUGCGGUGGCAGAGGCGGCUCGGCAGUACACCGACAAUGGUGAACAAUGGCCCGAGCUAUUGGCUAUUCUUUUCCAGGCCAGCCAGUCCCCCGAGUCUGGCCUUCGCGAGACUGCUUUCCGAAUCUUCACAACUACCCCCGGUAUCAUCGAGAAGCAGCACCAGGAUGCCGUCAUCGGUGUUUUCUCCAAGGGAUUUAAAGACGACAACAUUGCUGUGCGAAUUGCUGCUAUGGAAGCAUUCGCUUCGAUGUUCCGCUCUAUCCCUAAGAAAUCGCAGCCCAAGUUCUUCUCCCUCAUGGGAGAUGUUCUCAACAUUUUGCCUCCCCUCAAGGAGUCCAACGAGAGCGAGGAGCUGUCUUCCUCCUUCCUUGCCUUGAUUGAACUGGCUGAAAUUUGCCCGAAGAUGUUCAAGGCUUCUUUCACUGACCUUGUUAAGUUCAGCAUCAGCGUUAUUGCUGAUAAGGAACUCAGUGAUCAGGUGCGCCAGAACGCUCUGGAGUUGAUGGCAACUUUCGCCGACUACGCACCGAAGAUGUGUACAAAGGAACCCAACUUUGCACAGGAGAUGGUUACCCAAUGUCUGAGCCUCAUGACCGAUGUUGGUGCUGAUGACGAUGAUGCUGAGGAGUGGAACGCUUCUGAGGAUCUCGAACCCGAAGAAAAUGAUCUUAACCACAUUGCUGGUGAGCAAUGUAUGGACCGUCUUGCCAACAAGCUUGGUGGUCAGGCCAUUCUGCAACCCGCUUUCUCUUGGAUUCCGCGCAUGAUGUCUUCUACUGCCUGGCGUGAUCGCCACGCUGCUCUUAUGGCCGUCUCUGCCAUCUCCGAGGGCUGCCGUGACCUUAUGGUCGGUGAGCUUGAUCAGGUUCUUGCUCUUGUCGUACCCGCCCUCCAGGACCCUCACCCCCGUGUUCGCUAUGCUGGCUGCAAUGCUCUCGGUCAGAUGAGUACCGACUUUGCCGGAACCAUGCAGGAGAAGUACCACGCUAUUGUACUUAACAACAUCAUCCCUGUCCUCAGCUGUCCCGAGCCGCGUGUUCAGUCUCAUGCAGCCGCCGCUCUGGUCAACUUCUGCGAGGAGGCCGAGCGUAGCAUCCUCGAGCCAUACCUUGGAGAUCUUCUUAGCCGCCUUCUCGACCUUCUGCGCAGCCCCAAGCGCUACCUCCAGGAGCAGGCUCUAUCUACUAUCGCCACUAUUGCCGAUUCUGCCGAGACUGCUUUCGGCCAGUACUACGAUAACUUGAUGCCAUUGCUGCUUGAUGUCCUUAAGCAGGAGCAGGGCAAGGAGUACCGUCUGCUUCGCGCCAAGGCCAUGGAGUGUGCUACUCUGAUCGCUUUGGCUGUUGGAAAAGAGAAGAUGGGCCAGGAUGCCUUGAACCUCGUUCAGAUCCUCGGUAACAUCCAGCAGAACAUCACUGAUGCAGACGAUCCGCAGUCACAGUACCUGCUCCACUGCUGGGGCCGCAUGUGCCGUGUCCUUAACCGCGAUUUCGUGCCCUACCUUCCCGGUGUCAUGCCGCCUCUGCUGACCGUGGCGGCUGCCAAGGCGGAUAUUCAGCUACUCGAUGAUGAGGACCAGAUCGAGCAGGUUGAGCAGGAUGAGGGUUGGGAGUUGGUUCCCCUCAAGGGCAAGAUCAUCGGUAUCAAGACCAGUGCUCUCGAGGACAAGAACACCGCUAUUGAGUUGAUCACUAUCUACGCUCAAAUCCUGGAGGAGGCGUUCGAGCCUUACGUUCUGGAGACCAUGGAGAAGAUUGCCGUCCCUGGUCUUGCAUUCUUCUUCCACGACCCCGUCCGCGUAUCGGCUGCCAAGUUGGUUCCGCAGCUGCUGAACUCAUACAAGAAGGCUCACGGGCAAUCUCCUGCCUUUGCUGAGAUGUGGAACAAGGUUGCUGAGAAGAUCAUCGAGGUUCUGAGUGCCGAGCCCACCGUUGAUACCCUGGCCGAGAUGUACCAGUGCUUCUAUGAAUCCGUCGAGGUCAUUGGCCGCAACAGCUUGACCGCACAGCACAUGCAAGCAUUCAUCGAUUCCGCCAAGUCUACUCUGGAGGACUACCAGAUGCGUGUGAAGCAACGGUUGGAGGACCAGGCCGAGCUCGAGGAGGGUGACGAGGAGAACCUCGAGUACGAGUACGCUAUCGAGGAUGACCAGAACUUGCUCAGUGAUAUGAACAAGGCCUUCCACACCAUCUUCAAGAACCAGGGCACAACCUUCCUGCCUGCCUGGCAGCAGCUGAUCCAGUUUUAUGACAACUUCAUCACUAGCCAGGACCCCACACAGCGCCAGUGGGCUCUUUGCAUUAUGGAUGACGUGUUGGAGUUCUGCUCUGCGGAGUCGUGGAGCUUCAAGGACCACAUCAUGCAGCCCCUGGCUGCCGGUCUGCAGGAUCCGAAUGCUGCCAACCGACAGGCCGCUGCCUAUGGUGUUGGUGUCGCCGCUCAGAAGGGUGGUGUCGCCUGGAGCGACUUUGUUGCUGCUUGCAUCCCUAGCCUAUUCCAGGUGACGCAGCACCCGCAAAACCGCACUGAAGAGCAUGUCUUCGCUACUGAGAACGCUUCUGCCAGUAUUGCAAAGAUCCUGCAUUACAACGCCUCCAAGGUGCAGGCUCCCCAGGAGGUUGUGACCAACUGGAUCGAAACCCUUCCCAUCACCUUUGACGAGGAGGCGGCCCCAUAUGCCUACUCUUUCAUUGCUCAGCUGAUUGACCAACAAAACCCGGCCGUCUUCGCCAAGGCCGACCGCGUCUUUGGUUUCAUUGUAGAGGCUCUUGAGGCCGGUACUCUGCAGGGCCAAACUGCCGCUCGUGUGGCCGCCUCUGCCAAGACACUGGUGACAGCCACUGGUCUCAACGCCGAGUCGAUCCUGGCGGGUGUCAGUCCGGAUAACCAAGAGCGCAUCCGCAAGUUCUUCCAGUAG